AACAGGUGGCGAACGACGCCGCUUGUUUUUAUUUUUGUUUACGUCUGCGUGCUCUUCCAAUUUGAUGUUCAAUAAAUUUUGUUAAACAAAUUACGCCAGUGUGUGUCGUAUAUAGACACCAUAUGUAUGUUACCUACGCAUUCGAUUUUUGGUUAUUUGUGUUUGUUGUUAUACAACACUAACCUGCAAAUGCAGACGCCGGCAGCAAAGAAAGUGGCGCAACACACAAACAAUUACCGUUUAUUGUUAAAAGGCACACAUGUGCGCCGACCGGCGGCCUUGUAUACAGUGAAGUUCAAUUUUUCAAAAGUUCAAAAUAAUAUAUAAAAACAAAAUUAAGUGCAUCUCCAAUAUGUCGGCCCAUAAUAACGUUGAGGCUGAACAUUUGAACCCGCCAUUUAAGGUUGAAAUAACUCCACAGCAAACGGAAAUUAAUCAGAAACAAACAUGGAGCAAACUUCUACUUCUGGUGGCCUUUGCGACGACUCUGGGCGCGGCUGUGCCCACGGGCUAUUGCAUAGGUGUUAUCAAUGCGCCCGCAACUCUAAUGAAAUCGUGGUGCAAUGAAACAGUACACGAAAAAUAUGGCAGCUGGAUGAGUCCAGGUGGCCUGGAUGUACUCUGGUCUUCCGUUGUUUCCGUCUUCCUGAUUGGUGGAGCUAUCGGAUCUCUGGGUGGUGCUGGCUUGGCUAAUAAAUUUGGCAGAAAAGCCUGCCUGUUCAUUUGUGCCGUUCUCUUUAUCAUUGGCGCUGUGCUCUUCUUCUUCUGCCGCGCUGCCAAAUCGGUCGAGAUGCUGCUGCUGGGCCGCUUGAUUGUGGGUCUGGCCUCUGGUCUCGUCACAGCCACACAGCCAAUGUAUCUGGCAGAGCUGGCACCGCCCGCCCAGCGCGGCACCUUGGGCGUCUUUUGUGGCGUUGGCGUCACCGGCGGCGUUGUCGUCGGCCAGGUGUUCAGUUUGGCUGAUAUUUUUGGUACAGCCGAACGUUGGCACUACGCACUGUCCGCUUACGUAUUGCUCAUCAUUGUGUGUUACCUGCCCUCGUUGCUGUUUCCCGAAAGUCCCAAAUUUCUCUACGUGAUCAAGAGCAAUCGAGAGGCAGCCAAGCGUGAGCUGAUGCGCCUGCGUGGCCCAGAUGCCAUCAAGCUGGUGGACCAGGAGAUUGCAAUCAUGCAAGCGGAGGUCAAUGACGACAUGCAAAGCAGCAGCUUUGGCGAUGUGCUACGCGAUAAACGCUUCCUCCUGCCGCUCAUCAUUGUCUGCUGCUUCCAGGGCGGCCAGCAGCUGUCGGGCAUCAAUGCAAUCUUCUACUAUUCCGUUUCGAUAUUCACCAAGGCCGGCUUCUCCGAGCAGAAUGCACAGUGGGCAAAUCUAGGCGCUGGCUGCUUAAAUUUAUGCAUCUCACUGCUCGGCCCAUUGCUGAUGGCCACCUGCAAACGUCGCACCUUGAUGAUGCUCUCCAGCUCCAUUUGCUCCAUUUUUCUCUUUAGCAUUGCAUUUGUUUUAUACUAUAUUGAAUCGGUUAGCUGGUUUGCCUGGGCCUGCAUUGUCUGCAUUAUGGGCUAUAUAUUCUUUUAUCAAUUUGGCCUCGGACCCAUACCCUAUUUCAUUGGCUCAGAACUGUUUGAGGUCGCGCCACGCCCCGUCGCCAUGUCCAUGGGCAGUCUGGCGUCAUGGGCGUGCAAUUUCAUAAUUGGCAUGGCCUUUCCCAGCUUGCAAAGUGCUUGGGGCGCCUUUGUUUUCCUGCCGUUCUCGAUUACCUGCGUGCUGCUCUGCCUGCUAACGAAAUUCUAUCUGCCGGAAACGCUGGGACGUGAUCCAUCGGAGGUGGCGCCGCUGGUCGCCAAAGGUUUUCGAUCCAAAAUCAAAUGAGGCCCAACUAGAGAAUAGCUUACUAUAUAAUUCUUAGCUUUAAGUUAAAUGUUAGUAAAUAUAUAUAUAUAUAUAUAGGUGGAGACUAAGUGCCUAUGCUCGACAAUAAGUGUUCGAUUUGUUAACACGUACAACUAAUUAGUAAGAUACCCUGUACAAUUGGCAUCCAUUGUAAGAGGUUCGCUUCUUAUCGCUUGCUGCACAAAAAGAAAAAAAAGCAAAAAAGAAAAAGCUAAUUGCCUUGAGAAACCGACUGUGUUGCUACCUUUGUUACUUUAGCUAAUUGAAUUUACUGCUCUCCCAUUGAAUAGCGGAAAGGUUGACGCGAACAAAGCUUGCCUAUCAUAUAGAUACUCUCUGAUUAAGACUUUUGUAUUUAGAUUACUAUUGAAAUUUAUAUUAACAUAAUUGUAUGAACACAAAUAAAGACCAUUCAAGUGCAAUGAACACAUUUCCCAUGCUAAAGGGACACAAUCUCAGCCGACAUGUCAACUGAUAAGAGCAUGAACUAAAACUUAAAAGCAAGUUAAUAAUAACUGGCAGCUUAUAUUUGAAUAGU